CACCAUUUAACGAAGAGAGAUCAGAGUUUGGAAAAUCAAGAUUUGCAGCAACUAGCCAACAUACAAUUUAGAAACAAUGGCUGGAGGCAUCCCCACCCUAUGGAAAAUAGUUUGAACCUAGAGCCGGUCUCCCCACCCGAAGUCCACCUUUGAUGUCGGUGAAGAAAACGCCAGCACGGUGUUGCCAGUGUAGGAAGUGUUGCGCUAAACCCGGUGCUCUCCACGCUAGCUGCGAUGCCAGCAUACAUGCCACGCUGAAGGCCUCGAUGACUUGGAUUUCUUCCGAGGCAUGGAGGGGCUCACGGGCGGAGACUGCUUGGAGAUUUCGGCGCCAAAGAUCCAUUUUUGGCUGAGAUUGAGAGUAAGUUUGCAGAGAAGAUGUUGGGGAAUGUGGACACCGAGCACAAAAUCCUCAUCCCCAACGUCUCCGCGCUCUCUCUGGCACAGCAGGUGUGCUCUCCCAUAUCCAGUUUGGACCCUCCCAUGACUGUGGAUGAUGUGUGCCAAGGCACUGAAAGGCACAAAUGUGACACCAUUGGCCCAUGGGACAUACCUAACCAUCUGGAACCACCUGUGCAUGGCUGUAGAACCCAUGCACCUUGCAGUGGUGCCAGUCCGAAGGAAGGCCACCGCGCAUGGAAGCACCGCGUGAGGCUCUUCCUGGCUGGUGAUGCCGCCGCGUUGAAGCAUCGAUGGGGUUCUUCCUGCCAUGUGAUGCAAAUGACUCCAUGGCUAGCCGGUGAUGGUGCAGUCCUCGUGGGUGGUGGCGAGCAUGUCGCUACCGGUGAUGAGCAGUCAACGGGGUGGCGGAAAAAUAAAAUCAUGGUUUUGGUGUUAUUAAUUUGUUGAACCUAGAGAGAGAUUGGGUUUCCACUGAAGCCCACUAGAGUUUUGGGCCUUUAGAUAAAUUGCUAUUGGGCCCAUUAGGCUCAAUGCAUGAAUAGUGGCCCAUUUUUUGCAAAAUAA